AUGUGUCGGAGUGCCUGGACUAUAAUUUUUCUAAAUUUUCUUGCGCUCGCUGUCUCGACACCGGUAUUACGUAAAAAACUUACAGAAGAGGCCGAAACGUCCUUAGAUAGAUUUUUGAAUCUGUAUUUGGGUCAAGUGGAAAAAGUUAACGGUGUGCCUGAGGAUGACUUGUACGAAACUAUGCAGGGAGACGAGCCGCAUGAACAGAAUACUAUACAUCAAAUCGGGCCGAAUAGUAAUUUUGGGGAUAACAGGAAUUUGACGAGCAGUGAAUAUUCCAGAGCUAUGAGAAACAGCUGCACAUAUAUAAUUUAUUUAUUGGUACAGCCCAUUGAAUUAUGGCAACGAGAAUUACACAAAACUCCUCUUUUCCUGCAUACACAUCUCUUAUUCAAACAUUUUCUAGUGCAUGCGCAUCGCACAAAUCCUUGCCCACCAACUAUUGAUGCCUAUGAAUUUGCAGCUCGUAAAGAUACUGAUGCAUCUGCCACUUCUUCGAUUUCCAAAAAAGUAGUACUGAUGGUGCAAUUUGAUUUCGACUGUAUAGCUGUGAUAUAA